AGAAUUUUUUUUGAUUAUUAUUUUCUAUUUCCUGUCGUUGCUUUAGCUAUUAAAAGUUCUUAUAUCAUCUGACUUUUAUCACAAAAAAAAAAAAAGAAAAAUAAAACAAAUAAUAUAUAAAGCACAUUCAUUUUUUUUUAUCCUUUUGUUUCUUUUAAAAUUAUUAAAAUCCAUAACUUUAUUCUUUGAAAGAAAAAAGAAAAUAAGAUAAAAAUGACGUCCCAAUGUUGUUUCUGCGUCCCAUUAAAAGCUGGUGUCGUAAUUGUAUCAUUGAUAUGGCUUAUUUAUGGAAUUUAUAUGGUUAUAAGCAACGCUAUAAAUCUAAACGACCCAGAAAAAUAUGAUCCGGACUUGAGAAAUGUGAAUGCAUUCCAAAUGUAUUCUAUUACGAUAAUUGUUCUUUAUGGAUUAAUGACAAUUGGAGCAAUAUUUGGAUUGUUCACUAUUACCCUCGCAAAUACGUCCAAUAUGUUGUUCAUUUAUACUAAAAUAGCCUACGUUAUUUUAGCGAUCGAAAUAAUAAGUAGCGUAAUGGGGUUUAUUGUUAUUAUUUUAUUUUCAUCCCCAAUUUUAUUAACGUAUCUCGUUAUUCUUGCCGUUUUUUCGAUCACUAUAUCGGUGCAUUUUGUGAUGGUAAUUUCAGCUUAUGCACAUAGGAGGGAGAGGAAGGAGACUGCUACGAAUGAUAAUAAGUUAGAUGUUUUAUAAUUUAAAAUAUGAAAUAUCAAAUAUGAAAGAUAUAUUAUAUUAUUAUAUAGAUUGUUUAUACUUAAAAUUUAAAAUUUUCAUCAACACUUUGCAUGACGGCAUUUCUAUGAAAAAGUAACGCUAAGUAAACCUCCUUGAAGUGAUAUUUUCUCAUCAGAUACUUUUUGGAGGAUAAUUUUUAAUACAUUUAUUUAUGGUUGAAUAAAAAAAAAACUCCCUUAUGCAUUAAUAAUUAACAUACUCAUACUGUAUUAGCUAACAUAUUAGUCAAUCUAGUAUUCAAUUUUUUUUAAUGACAAUUUUUACAGUUCUAAUUAGUAUUACAUUAAGUACUACUAAAGGACACAGUAAUGAACUUAAAUUUAC